AUGGAGAUUAGAUCAAUCCCUAAUUCUUUAAAAACAUUGAAAGUUGAAGUCGAUGUUGAACAAAAGCCUAUUUAUGAUAAAGAAGAAAUUCUUGAUGUUGUUGAUGGCUUAUUAAUCUUCGAGAAUCCUAAUCAUCCACCUGAUGAAAUUCAGCGAGAAGAUGAUUUCUUCCAGCCAUGUGUUUAUGAUGACAAUGGUGAAGAACCUUGUGUUUGUUAUGUUACUAGCAAGGAAAAGUGUAUGAGAGCUUCUAAUGAUGUAUCAUCGCUGAUCAAAGAAGUUCCAAUUGAAGACCCAACUAAAGCUCCAACUGAAGACCCAACUGAAGACCCAACUGAAGCUCCAACUGAAGACCCAACUGAAGCUCCAACUAAAGCUCUAACUGAAGAUCAUACUGAAACUCCAACUGAAGCUCCAACUCAAGCUCCAACUGAAGUCCCAACUGAAGUUCCAACUGUAGUUCCAAUUGAAGUCCCAGCUAAAGUUCCAACUGAAGUUUGCUCUGACGUUCCAACUAAUAUGUCAACUGAAGCUCCAUCAGUUGAAGUUUAA